AUGCCGUCGUCAUAUGCUCGUCCUCAAACAUUCCCGCAGAUGCCUGUUGUUCGACCUCAAACCUAUGUUCAGACCCAGACUUCAGUGAGGAAGAUUUGUUUACGGGGACCCGCAGGUCCACCGGGACCUCCUGGUAAAGAUGGAGCGAAUGGCAAUGAUGGUAUGCCCGGACCCGAUGGACCACCAGGAGAGGAUGCAGCGGGAGGAGGUGGUGGACCAUCAACAACGGAAAUGUGCUUCAAUUGUCCACCUGGCCCUAUGGGCAGACCGGGAAGGCCAGGACCCAAGGGACCUCCUGGCCAACCUGGGCAACCAGGCAGUAUGGGUACA